AAUGAAGGAAAAAUGAAGGAAAAAUCAUAAAACGAACUUCCGUAACCCGUAGACCCAAGACCAAGACCAAAUCGCCACAGUAAACACGGCUGCUUCCGAGUUGUGUAAUGCAGCCCAGGUGAAGCAGGCAAGAGCAUUCACAGCAUUCACUCACCAAGGAGAACCCAAGUAAAUAUGUAAUAACAGAAAUAAAAGAAAUCUGUACCAACUAAAAAACAAACACACACAUACAUCCUCAGAUUUCUGGCUAAAAGACACACAGCACACGAUGGAAAAUGAAACACUGUGUGACACUUUAAAGACUCCGAGUGAUGGAGAGGAGGAGAGCAAGGAAGAGACAGCUCAGGACACCCUACCGAACAGCACAAGCUCACCAGACUCUACAAGGGCUGAGUCUCCGAGGGACGAGAGUGAUGCCAGCAGUGACUGGAGGAGCAGCCAAGCAGUGGAGGAGUCUACUGUCCUGCCACCCAGCAUGAAGGACUCGGCCACUGAAGAAAGCAUAGUCAGGAGGCGGAAGGGGAAGGAUGAGAACAGCACCUCAGAAAUCCGAAACAGCAAUUUGGAACCAAAAAUCAGAACUUCAGAACCCCAAAACAGCAGCUCAGAACUCCAAAACAGCACUGCAGAACCAAAAUCCAGCACCUCGAAACCAAACAACAGCACUUUUGAAUCACCAGACAACGCAGACCAUGAACCAUACACCAUCCUGGACCCCGAGGAUGACUCUGCCGAGGAAGUGAAGUGCAGGGAGAAGAAAAAGAGGAUUCAGAAAGUGUUGUCCUCUGACCCACUUGACCUUGAGGCACUGAAGGAUCUGGCUAUUAGCUGUGGAGGACUCAUGGAUGACACACUUCGGCGGGAGGCGUGGCCGCUACUGAUGGGUCUUGGCCGAGGGGAGCCGGAGGCAAAGAAGCCAGAGAUGGAGGUGGUGGAGGGGCACAAGGACUUCCAACAGGUGGUGCUGGAUGUCAAGCGGACACUCAAGCGCUUCCCGCCGGGCAUCGAGGACUCGCGGCGCGUCAUACUGAUGGACCAGCUGAUUGUGCUCAUCAUCAGGGUGCUCAUGAGACACCCCCACCUGUACUACUACCAGGGUUACCAUGAUGUCGCGAUCACCUUCCUCCUGGUGACGGGGGAGGACAUGGGCUUCCAGCUGGUGGAGAGGCUGUCCAUCACCCACCUCAAGGAGUUUAUGGGCCCCACCAUGGAGAAGACCAACUACUACCUCACCUACCUCUACCCCAUCCUGGAGAGGGCCAACCGGACACUCUAUGACUGCCUCGUGAAGUCUGGGGUGGACACGAUGUUCUGUCUUCCGUGGCUCAUCACCUGGUUCGCCCACACCCUCUCGGACUACCGGCACGUGGUGAGGCUCUAUGACUUCUUCCUCGCCUCGCACGAGCUCAUGCCCAUGUACAUCGCCACCGCCAUCGUCCUGCAGAAGGAGAAGGAGCUGCUGGCUGAGGAGGAACAGGAAGUGUGUGCCAUAUUCUCCAUUCUGUCCAAGGAUCCUGACAACCUUCCCUUUGAGGACAUCCUGGUGAAGGCGCGGGAGCUCUAUGAGAAGUACCCCCCAGGCCCCCUCAAGGAUGACGUGGACAACUUCAUCGUCAAGAGGAAGGAGAGGGAGAGGAAGGAGAGCGAGCGCAUAGCUGAGAUGCGGCGUCGGGCGGACAAGCGGAACAAGCGACCCCAAAGGCUGGUGGACCGGAUCUUUGCCUAUGUCCCCGUGCACCUGGUCCUCCCUGCGCAGCGGCGGAAACUCUUCAAGCUGGCCCUCUUCACCGCCUCCAUCCUUAUCGCCCGCAGCCUCUACAAGAACUACUACACCUCCGCCAUCGAAUACUCCGCCGUCCUGGAAUGAUGGCGCCCGGCCUGGCUGCUUCCGGCUCUUGGUUCUGUUUUAUUUUAUUUAUUCAGUGUUGGUUAUUUUUAAUUGAUUUUUUGCAGUAUUUCUUUGUCUCGUUGGAAUUCCUUUUUUUGCUCCAUCACCUUUUUCUUGUGCUCUUAUCCUUUUUUCUCCUCGUUCCUGCUUUCUGUUUUGACCUCCAGCUCCUUGUAUCUGUCUGGCUGAGUGUCUUCCAUGCCUGUGGCCAUCACUAUUGAUAUUGAACAGUAAUUAGAGAUCAUAAAAGCUCUUUUUAUUUGAAAAAUUGACUAAAAGAUAGAACAAAAGCUAAUUAAAAUAAUUUUUAUUUAGUUAAUGACUUUCAAAGAAAAUCAGGUCAUUGAGGAGACAAAACACAGCUUGGUACACAGACCACGGGUCCUUGGUGGUGGCUGGCAGGCCUUGCUGUGCAGGCUGUGUGCAGCAGGGAGGAGGACAACAUGGUGUGUGUUGGGGAGUCAGUCAUCUGGUCUUUUCAGUGCUCAAGGAAAAGACAUGUGAUAGUUUAAUGAGUCUUGACCAAAGCUGUGAUGACUCCUGCUGGUUCCUUUCUUGCCAAUGCUAGGUUGUUGUAGGGCAGGGGUACCAAGGCACAUUCUGAGUAAGGAUGAGCUUCCCUAGAAGAGCUUGAAGUUGUAACGAUAUUUUUUUGCUACUUUGAUAGUGUGUGUGUACAGACAGAUGUGAAAACUUUUUUAAACUGUUGAAGUCAUAAAGAUACAUCUUUUGAAUGGAAGGUAAUUCUCACACAUUAACCAAGCAAACAUUUGAAUAUUAUGAUAAAAUCUGCAGGAAAAUCAUUAUUCAUUUUCUUCUUACUUUUAUUUAAGGCUGAUUGCUUUGUGCACAUUUUCACUGGAAGAAACAUAACCACCCACUGAAACACUAAUUGCUAAUCACAUUCUUCUGUCAAUAAAGAAACUGUGGCUUCGCGUCACCACACUUUUGUAUUAAAUAAUUUUGUACUGCCGGCACUCGCAUCACAGCUCUCUGCAGUCUGAGUUUCUCUGUUGCACAUCUCAUUUAAAGGAUGAUUGCCUCAAGCUGAUUGUCAAUGAACAGAAACUUUCCACCAAAAGACUGUGCUACAAUGUCGUAAGUUGAUGUUGCACUUAUUUUAAUUGUCCAAGUUUAUAUUGUGUAUAAGCUCAAGACAUGAUGUACUGCACUUACUGUUAACACACACAGAAGAUAAGGAUAUGCAUUUAGUUAACUUGCUAUUAUUUGAUGUUUUUCUGAUAUGCACGUGGUAUUGGCACAUUGUAUUUUGUUGUGGAAUCUGUUCUCUGCAUUACAUUUUUCAGCCAUCAGAGCUAGUUGUGUUUGGUGCUUUGUGAUGAUUUCAAGCUUUAGUGCAGAUUACUUAUAAGGUUUGUAUCAUGUACAGCACAGGACUCAGUGUGUACAGUACAUGUUGUGUUUGGACCAUGAUUACAAAUAUUUACCUUUUCAGUGGGGCGAGAUAGGACUUGCGAUCAAAUCAAAACAUAAAUACAACAGCUAAAUAAUAUACUAAAGACACAAGGCACUAUAAAACACCUUCCUACCUUGGACAGGAAAAUAUCAUACAUGGCGGUAGGCAGACAGGGCGUGUAUGUGUAUGUGUGUUAUAUAUUUCCUAGCAAAUGAAAGAAAGGCAACAGAGGGAGGAAUGCCCCCAAAGAUUACCUCCCAGCCAUUCAAAUACAAUCUGAAAUUAACAACAAAUUACUUUUAUUAAGGAAGAAAAUUGAGGUUUGUGCUAUACAUGUGCUGUGAUGUGUCUGGAAGGGAUAUUGUUUUGGAAGUGAUGUUUAACCAUAUGCAAGCAGAGAUUAACAGAGAGAGAAAGAGAGAUAUAAAGUGUGAGAAAGAUGCUGAUUAUUUGCUUAUCUGUCCCUGUCCAUCUCUGACACCUGUUCCUUGGGACUCCCUCGCAGGUUGGGUGGCCACUGUAAAAGAGCCUCUAUUUCCUUUUAUCCAUAGAGUCCAUUCUUGCAUACUCCAUUCCUUGUUAUUCUUCUAUCCCCUCUCACAUUUUACUGACUGAUGGAAGGCUUAGAGAAGAGGGAGGAAAGGAGUGGAAAGAGAAACAAAGCGAAGAGAAAGAUGUAGGAAGAGAAAAGAGAGAUGAAAGGAUUAGAAGGGAAAAAAGAGGAAAUAAAAAAAAGGAGAUAAGAGAAGAGAAAAAGGAGAAUGGAGUGGAAGGAGAAAAAUGAGAAAGGAAUGGAAGGAGGCAAAGGAGAAAGAAAUGGAAAGAGAAAAAGGAGAAAGGAGUAGAAAGAGGAAAAAAGAAGAGGAAGGAGUAGAAAGAACAUCAAGAGGAGAAAGGAACAGAAAGAAGGGACAGAAUAAUGAGAGGAGUGAAGAAUGCAAGGAUGACGUGAAUGCAUAAGAACAAACGGAGACCUCGGCUUUCACCCAGAAGUCUAUAGCCCACGAUGUACAUAAUUCUCUCCUAUACUUUCUUAUCGUUUAUGUUAUUUAUGUCUGUUCACAGCCAAGCCUUGACUGUUACGUAUUUACAUUUUCCAUGUUGGCGAAGGGAAGUGACUUGGCUGCAUCAACACAUGUAUUCAUUGUUUUGUCUGCUAUUACGUUGUUAGUGAACGCUUAUUUUUACAGUAAAGGAAGCAGAAGAAAUGGCUGUGGACCGGCAACAGUGGAGGAGGCUCAUAUCCCAUCCAACCCCACCAUAGGGAAUAAAUGGACGUUAAACGAUGAUGAUGAUGAUGAUGAAGCAGUUCAAGGGAAAAACAAAUGAAAAUAAGAAAAAGCCCACUAAGUCACUGAUCCUGUAAUAAGACAUAGGGAAAAAUGGCCAAAAGAGAGGUUAAUUUCGAGUGGAGAUCAGUGUUGCCAUAUUAUUGUACUCUGAACAAUGCAUUUAUCAUUUUUAGGCUCCAAGACUGUCACAACCACGCAAAUAAUGAUCUAGGAAAUUAAAGUCAUCGUAAAAACUCUUAAAUAUAGAUGGGUUUUUUUUUUUUUUUAUUAUUAUUAUUAUUAUUAUUAUUAUUAUGUUUUUAUUUAUUUAUUUAUUUUUAUUUUAUUUUAUUUUAUUUAUUUAGUUAUUUAUUUAUUUUUGCUAUAAUUAUCAGUCAGAAACUACAAAAAUACACUGGGCUGAGUACAAUAAUUUGGCAGUGCUGGUGGAGAGGUGUCUUGAUACUCAUGUCAUGGUCUGGGCCGUGCAUUGGGAUGGCUAUCACAGACAACUGGCUUCGAUUACCAUUGAUUUAUAUGGCGUUGAAUUUUUACCUGCAGUGUAUACUCAUGUAGAAGUCCGUCUAGUGAAUGUGAAACUACCACCAGGUGAUAUGUUCAAAUGAGGAAUUGAAUUACCUUGUAGAAAAUAGUGUCCAUUUAAACUUUAACAUUUACAUAGGUAUAUAUGUAUAUGGCACUUUUUUCUCUUUUUUUUUUUUCAUUUUAUUUGUCGCUUAUUCUGGUGUUCGCUGAUUGGUGGACGGUUUGGCAUCAAUAACGGAAGGACAAAAAGGUUUCUUGGGUAGCCUUGUGUUGUAAAGGUAUUGUGUUAUGUUGUUAAGAACAUCAGCAGCAUUUCAUUGGUGUUCACUGAGUGGAGGACAGUUUGGCAUCAGUGACAAAGAGAAAGAAAUUCCCCUACUUUUGCACACUGUUGUAAGAUGUUUUGUUACACCAUUACUAUAGGAAAUUUUCACUGUCUCGUAGGACACAUGCAGGUUCUCAAGCUGCUGUGAUAAGUGAUAAUGUAAUAAGUGAUAGUCCAGAGACUGCAUAAGCCAAAGUUCACCAGAAAGUCUUCAUUUUUUAAUUCUGCUACUGUGUAUUCUAUCAAAGUCCAUCAUCUGCUGCAUCAGAUGAUGGGACUUACUGUUAAGGGAGAAGGGAGGACCACUGACCACUGGGGAGGUCGUCAGGAACAAUACAGAUCAUUGUUGGUGGCCUUAGCACAGAAAGCCCAGCUCACUCUAGUACCAAGCUUUCUAUACAAGUCAUUGUAGCCUGCAUGACUAGAAAGUAUUUUGAAUAUAGAGAAGUUUGACUUUUAUAAAUGUUCCAGCAUGAUGUUAUUUAUCCAUUAAUUCACUUGUAUCCAAGACUCUGGUGGGCCUCUGAUGCGCUGAUAAUUUUAUGCUGAAUACAGCUUCCAUUUAAAUCCUGAAGGGCAAUGCCAAAACAGCUAAGGCACAGAAAAUGCACAAAAAUAUAGAAAAAGGUAAAACUGGUUAAAUAAUUUGCAUAAAAAUCCUUUUUGAGUGUGCGAACACAAGUAUACACCCACACCAUAUUGAGAUUGAAAUCUCAAACCUAAUUUGAUGAUUUAUUUUACUUGGCAACUUUUCUCUGGCAUUCUACUGAAUGUGGCAAGAUUAUUUUCUAUAUAUAAAUAGAUAUUUUGUUCAGCCCCAUGUCUAUCUCCUUUACUGUGAAAAAAAAGAGUACAGUCUAGAAUCCAUACAACAAGAAGUCUGUGUAUAAGGGUGCUCAGGAGAGUAAGAUUUUGCUAGCUUUUUUUUUUUUCAAUAUAAAUAGAUAUAUUGUAUUAAACCCUUGGUCUAUCUCCCUUACUCUGAAUAUAAAGAACACAAUCUGGUGUCUAUGUAAAAGUUCAGGGGAGUUCAAGGGUGUUUCAGUUACCAAUAUAGAGACCCAAGACACAGGAUGGAGGGCUCUCUGACGCCUCUCCUCAGUGCACCGAUCAGCUUACCGCCAAAGUCUUUCACCUUCCACCAUCUACGCCAAGCUGUAGAUGUCGCCCCAUAGCGUGUGUUGCCUCCGUAGGGGACUAUUAUCAGAGGAUUUAAUUAAGUCUGGAUUUUUAAAUGUCUCGGCAUCUCAGUUCGCCUGUUUGAUAAGUGUCUCAUAGAGGUUGCUGGGAUUUCCAUGGACUGUUUUGUGAUUCCAGUGACAGUUUAAUCCGACAUUUGCAUCUCGAACGGGAAAAACGCCCAUGAAAACCCGGUUAGUCUUCUCAGUGGCCUUAGCAAAUAGCUGUAGUGGGAGCCUCAUACAUUUAAGAAUACGGACCUUAGUGUUUUAUAAUGUACAUAUAUACGAUAGAUGUACAUACCAUAGAGAUGUUAUUAUUAUUAUUAUUAUAUACAUGAUUAUAUACAUACGCCUCUUUUUAGUAACCUGUACAGACCCUCGUGAUUGGUUGGUUGUUUGCUUGCCCGAGACUGUCUGGGAGGUGAUUGGUUGAUCGUGCCGGGAUUCAACUCGUGGUUAGGUACAGAACUUUUUUGGCUUCUCAAGUUUUUAUAUUGAGAGUAAUAAAAGUUGUUCUCUAA